CACGAGCCACUGCGGGUAUAUAAGGCUUAUUGCGCCGAGCAAUUGUCGUACUCGUACAGUUGCUUUGUUUCCAUCCAACACAGAAGUGCGCAUUUACUUCGGGUUGUAAUUUGGUGUGAUAUUAAAAGCCAGUGAUUUACAAACGAUAAACAUGAAAACCAUAAUUGUAUUUUGUGCUAUGAUGGUUUUGGCUCUUGCCGCUCCACAAGGAGGAAAAGAUGCAACAAUUUUAAAAUUUGAAAAUGAUGUUAGCCCCGAAGGAUAUAAAUUUGCAUAUGAAACAUCCGAUGGCACUGCCCGCGAAGAAGAAGGCACAUUAAAAGAUCUCGGUGGUGAAGAUGGUCAGGCUAUUGUUAUCACUGGUUCCUUCAAUUGGAAGGAUGAGAAAACCGGACAAGUGUACACUGUUACAUUCACCGCUGAUGAAAACGGAUACAAACCAAACUUCAAAGCUGCCAAAUAAAAGUGCGCAACUUUUAUACACCUACACACACACAUACACACACAUAAAAUAUCAAUACAACGCUUUAAUAUCAGAUACUAGAAAUUUGUUUGUACAUGCGUUCUGAUGUGAUUUUAUAUUGAAUAUAUUUUUAUACAUGAAA